AGAGGAGGGGUCCAAUGCAUAAAAGUCCACGGCGCAGCCGGGUUUUCACUUUGGUCAUGAUGGAGAAGCUCAGGAUCUUGGCUGCGGUCACCGUGUUCCUGGAGACGGUGUCGGCCGUCUCUCUGGGAGUGGUGAAGACCGAGGGUGGCAUGGUCGAGGGAAAGAACAUUCGUCUUGGCUUCCACCGUUCCAUGGACAUCUUCAAAGGGAUUCCUUUUGCCGACGUACCUGAAACGUUUGAGAAACCGGAGCGUCAUCCGGGUUGGGAAGGUGUUCUGAAGGCGACUGAAUACAAGGAGAUCUGUCUUCAGCUGAAACCAUUAUUGCCCGGCACCAGAGGAAGCGACGACUGUCUCUACCUCAACAUCUGGGUUCCUCACGGCCGUACGGUGUCUGCCGAGCUACCCGUCAUGGUCUGGCUAUUUGGAGGUGCCUUCCUGAUUGGAGGAUCGAUGGGUACCAACAUCUUGGACCUUGCUACGAAACUGUACGAUGGGCAAGAGAUUGCAGAUCGAGGCAACGUCAUCGUGGUGACACUGGGAUACCGUGUGGGAACUCUGGGCUUCCUCAGCACCGGAGACUCACUUUUACCAGGGAACUACGGUCUUUGGGAUCAGCACGCCGCCAUUGCCUGGGUCCACCGAAACAUCCGCGCAUUCGGAGGUGACCCGGAUAACAUCACGAUCUUUGGAGAGUCUGCGGGUGGCGCUAGUGUCAACUUUCAGAUUCUCAGUCCCUACAACAAGGGGCUCAUCAGGAGAGCCAUCUCUGAGAGUGGUGUCGCACUUUGUCCCUGGUCCAUCAUAAAGGACCCCCGUGCUUUCGCUGAAGAGGUUGCUCGGAAGGUCAACUGCCCCACCGAUCAUAAGAUGGCGGCCUGUUUGAAGACUUCUGAUCCUGUGCGCCUCACAGAAGCUGGCAGUUUCAGCCUCUUCAGCUCACCGAGCGCCCCUCUCGUCGAGAACAUGAUUCUCUCGGCUGUCAUCGAUGGCGAUUUCCUGCCACACGAACCUUGCAACUUGUUCCACAACGCCGCUGAUGUCGACUACAUUGCUGGGAUCAAUGACAUGGACGGACAUAUCCUGGCUUCCGGGGAUAUCCCUUCGAUCAACUUGCCAUUUUGGGAAACCUCCAUCGAUGACAUGAAGACGCUGUUGCAAUCGUUCACGAAACCCAAGGGCGAGCCUGGUAUGAAAGAGGCAUUCUCAGUCUACACUUCAAAAUGGGCACCCGAUCCAAGCAAGGAGGAAGUGAAGAGAACGAUUGUGGAUAUCGAGACGGAUUACGUCUUUUUGGUUCCGACGCAGGUUGCCCUUGAACUUCAUGCCGCUAGUGCCAGAUCUGGUCGCACCUACUCCUAUCGCUUCUCCGAGCCCAGCCGUUUGGGCGGCAGGGUUAAGCCGUAUCCCACCUGGAUGGGAGCUGACCACACCGAGGAGCUGCAGUACCUCUUCGGAAUGCCUUACAGAGAGUUUUUGUUGUACUGGCCUCACGACCGCAAGCUUUCUGACUACAUGAUUGCUUAUUGGACCAACUUUGCCAAAACCGGAGAUCCCAACAAAGGAAACUCUGAGGUGCCCACCACCUGGCCGGAAUUCACCAAGGGACGCCGUUACCUUGACAUCAAUCAUAAGAUGAAUGCGAGCUCUGUGGGACGGAAGAUGAGGAAGCAGUAUGUGAAUUUUUGGACCGUCACCUUGCCCAAUUUGCCAGAUGUCUGAGCAUUUACAGCAGCAUCAAAUUCAAUUUGCGCGCAUGGAGUUUGCAUGCACAAAAUCUGUCAAAAUAGUAUUGGGUAAUUGUCGUUGCUUGCUAUUUGGUGUACAAAUAAUAUGAAUGCAGGUCGUGUUGUGGAACGCUUCUGUUAACUCUGGAACCCAAUUUUGGGCACAUGGCUGUACUGCCGCACACAUCAAAUAAAGUCAGACAAAGUCAGGAACCGCGUGUUAAUUAGAUGACUCCAAAAACAA